AUGGCAGGCGUGGGCACUCCCGUGAAGCUUCUCUACGAAGGUCUCGGCCACACAGUGACCGUGGAAAUCAAGUCAGGCGAGGUCUAUCGCGGCGUCCUCGAAAACGCGGAAGACAACAUGAACUGCCUCCUUCAGACCGUCACCGUCACUCACCGGGACGGCCGCGUUGUGUCACUGGAGCAAGUCUACAUCCGCGGCAGCCAAGUCAAGUUCAUUGUCUUCCCCGACAUGCUGCGGCACGCCCCCUUCUUCCGCAUGAUGGACAAGUCGGGCAAAUACAAGAGGCCGCUCGGCCUUGUCGGCAUGCGGCGCGCGAUGAACAUGCGCGCGCGCGGCGCUCGCGUGGCGCGAGCCCGUGGCGGCGGCCGCGGAGGCGGACGAGGCGGAAUGAUGUAA